GCUGGAGCGGUUCCCUCGCAGGCGGCGCCAUUUUGUGCUGGGAGCGGAGCGAAAACCGGGCCGGUUCUGUGUGAAACGGGCAGCGGAGCCAGGGUCCCUGGAAUGGCGGAGACUCUGUCAGGCCUCGGCGACUCGGGGGCGGCAGGCGCGGCGGCGCUGAGCUCCGCCUCGUCGGAGACCGGGACGCGGCGGCUCAGCGACCUGCGGGUGAUCGAUCUGCGGGCGGAGCUGAGGAAACGGAACCUGGACUCGAGCGGCAACAAGAGCGUCCUGAUGGAGCGGCUCCGAAAGGCCAUCGAAGACGAAGGCGGCAACCCCGACGAGAUCGAGAUCACCUCCGAGGGGAGCAAGAAGGCGGCGAAGCGGUCCAGCAAAGGGCGUAAACCAGAGGAAGAGGGUGUGGAGGACAACGGGCUGGAGGAAAAUUCUGGGGAUGGCCAGGAGGAUGUUGAAACGAGCUUGGAGAACUUGCAGGACAUCGACAUGAUGGACAUCAGCGUGCUGGACGAGGCGGAGAUCGAUAACGGCAGCGUUGCCGACUGCGUGGAGGACGACGAGGCCGACACCCUCCCGGAGUCCCUGGCCGACGGCCGAGAGCCGGGCGAGGGGGAGAUGAAGGAGCUGCCCGAGCCGCUGCCGGAGCCCGCUGUAGAGGACAAGGAAACUGUUAACAAUUUAGAUACUUCAUCGUCUGACUUCACUAUAUUGCAGGAACUUGAGGAGCCCUCCUUGGAGCCAGAAAAUGAGAAAAUACUCGACAUUUUGGGGGAAACUUGUAAAUCUGAGCCAGUAAAAGAAGAAGGUCCCGAGCUGGAGCAGCCAUUUGCCCAGGAUACAAGUAGCGUGGGGCCAGACAGAAAGCUUGCGGAGGAAGAGGACCUUUUUGGCAGCGGCCACCCGGAGGAGGGUGCUUUAGAUGUGGCCGGCGAGUCCCCGGGCCAGGCUCAGGCGAGCCAGGCAGACAGCCUGUUAGCGGUAGUGAAAAGGGAGCCGGCGGAGGAGCCGGGCGCUGGCGCGCGGACGGACUGCGAGCCUGUAGGGCUAGAGCAGCGAGCGGAGCAGAGCAGGGGAGCCUGCGAGCCCGCGGGAGCCUGUAGCGAGGAGGCCGCGGAAGCGCCCCCGGAAGCCUCGAGCCCCGAGCCCGGGGAUAGCCACGAAGACGGGCCGAAGCUUGCUUUUGAAGCUUGUAAUGAAGUCCCUCCGGCUCCUAAAGAGUCCUCAGCCAGUGAGGGCGCUGAUCAGAAAAUGAGUUCUGUCGAAGAUGACUCGGACACAAAGAGGCUUUCCAAAGAGGAAAAGGGUCGUAGCAGUUGUGGUAGAAAUUUCUGGGUUAGUGGACUUUCUUCUACCACCAGAGCUACAGAUUUGAAGAACCUGUUCAGCAAAUAUGGGAAGGUGGUGGGCGCCAAGGUCGUGACGAACGCCCGGAGUCCUGGGGCUCGCUGCUACGGCUUCGUCACCAUGUCCACAGCAGAAGAGGCCACCAAGUGCAUCAGCCACCUGCACAAAACAGAGCUCCACGGGAAGAUGAUCUCCGUGGAGAAAGCGAAAAACGAACCUGCUGGCAAGAAAACCUCUGAGAAGAGAGACGGUGAGGGGAAAAAGGAGAAGUCCAGUAACAGUGACAGAUCUGCGAACCUGAAGAGGGAAGACAAAGCCGACAGAAAAGAUGAUGCUAAAAAGGGCGAAGACGGAAGUGGGGAAAAGAGUAAAGAUCAGGAUGAUCAGAAGCCUGGCCCCUCGGAGCGCUCCCGGACCACCAAAUCAGGAAGUCGGGGAACCGAGCGCACAGUGGUGAUGGAUAAAUCUAAGGGUGUGCCUGUCAUCAGUGUCAAAACCUCGGGAUCCAAGGAGAGGGUCUCCAAGAGCCAGGACCGCAAGUCGGCCAGCAGAGAGAAGCGCUCCGUCGUGUCCUUCGACAAAGUCAAGGAGCCUCGCAAGUCGAGAGACUCGGAGUCGCGCAGGGUGCGCGAGCGCAGUGAGCGGGAGCAGCGGCUGCAGGCGCAGUGGGAGCGGGAGGAGCGCGAGCGGCUGGAGAUCGCCCGCGAGAGGCUGGCCUUCCACCGUCACCGGCUGGAGCGCGAGCGCAUGGAGCGGGAGCGGCUGGAGCGCGAGCGCAUGCACGUGGAGCAGGAGCGCCGGCGCGAGCAGGAGCGCAUCCACCGCGAGCGCGAGGAGCUGCGGCGCCAGCAGGAGCUGCGCUACGAGCAGGAGCGACGGCCGGCCGUGCGCAGGCCCUACGACGACGGCCGGCGAGAUGAUGCCUACUGGCCGGAAGCCAAGCGGGCCGCCCUGGACGAGCGCUACCAUUCGGACUUCAACCGCCAGGAUCGCUUCCACGACUUUGACCACAGGGACCGGGGCCGCUACCCCGACCACUCUGUUGACAGGAGAGAAGGUUCGAGGUCGAUGAUGGGAGAAAGAGAAGGACAGCAUUACCCCGAGCGCCACGGCGGGCCCGAGCGCCACGGCCGGGACUCCCGGGACGGCUGGGGCGGCUACGGCUCCGACAAGAGGAUGAGCGAGGGCCGGGGGCUGCCACCGCCACCACCCAGGGGCAGACGGGACUGGGGGGACCACGGCCGGAGGCUAGAGGAUGACCGUGCGUGGCAGGGCGCCGCCGACGGAGGCAUGAUGGACAGGGACCACAAGAGGUGGCAAGGUGGCGAGAGAAGUAUGUCUGGUCACUCGGGCCCAGGCCACAUGAUGACCCGCGGCGGGAUGUCAGGGCGGGGCAGCUUCGCCCCCGGCGGGGCCUCGCGGGGCCACGUGAUCCCGCGCGGCGGGAUGCAGGGCGGCUUCGGAGGCCAGAACCGGGGCAGCCGGCCCAGCGAUGCCCGCUUCAGCCGCCGCUACUGAGCACCUGGCCCGCGGCCGCCGGGGCGCGUCCCGUUAGGAGCCCCUUCAACUGUGUACAAUACGUUUUUUUAUCUGCUGCCAUAUUGUAGCUCAAUACAAUGUGAAUUUGUUUUCUGUUUUUUUUUGGUUUUUUGUAAUAAACGUGUUUCUGUUCACAUACCCUUUA